AUGGCGGACGAGGCGACGAUCGAGCCGGGGCCAGACCGCGUCCCGCUCUACUCCCUGUGCAAGCGCAAGCCCAUCGCCGAGUUUGGGUACAGCCGCGCGUUUGACGAGCGGUACAGCCUGGGGCGCAAGAUCGGGAAGGGCGCCAUGAGCACCGUGGCCACCCAGAUACCGCAGGAUUCCAUCGUGCUGGCCGACCUGCGGGGCCUGUUCCUGGAGCUGGACCCAGCAGAUACCGGGAGGGUGCCCUACACCCGCCUGCAGGAGGAGCUGGAGGAGGGCACCUUCAACCUGAGCGCCGCCGAGAGCCAGCAGCUGCUGGCACAGAUGGAUGUGUCGCCCGCAGGUGACAUCGCCUUUGCAGAGUUUGUGGCCAGUUUGGUGGACUGGAGCAAGAUAACCGGCUGCUCCAGCGGGCUGGGCCGCGCGCUGGCGCAGCGGAUGCACGCCGAGGGCGCGGGCGGUGAGCGGGCGUACCGCGUGUUUGCGUCCGCUCGCAACCUGGCCUCCCUCCGGGAGCUGGAGGCGGCUGGCCUGGAUGUGGUGCAGCUGGACGUCACAGACCAGAAGUCUGUCGACAGCGCUGUGCGGCGGGUGAUCCAGAGGGCUGGCCGCAUCGACGUGCUGGUCAAUAAUGCAGGGCUGAGCCGUGUGGGUCCCAUUGUGGAGCAGCCGUUGUCGGAGAUGCAGGAGGUGAUGGAGGCCAAUCUGUUCGGAGUAGUGCGGGCUGUGGCCCCUCACAUGAUGCGGCAGCGCUCAGGGCUGAUUGUGCAGAUCGGCAGCAUUGUGUCGAUGCUGGCAAGCCCCUUUGGCGGCAUCUACUCAGCCUCCAAGGCGGCGCUGCUGUCGCUGACGGACGCGCUGCGCCUCGAGCUGGAGCCGUUUGGGGUGCACGUCACGUACUGCGCCUCCGGGGCCAUCAAAUCUGCCUUUAGCGACAAUGUGCUGGCUGGCACCAACGUGGCGCGGUACGAGCGGGCCGAGUCGCUGUACGCCCCGCUGGCGCACAUCAUCACGGAGCGGGCGCUGGUGUCCCAGGAUCCCAAGACCUGCGUCAGCGCUGACACGGCAGCAGGCCAGAUUGCGGCGGUGAUCAACCGCUCUGCGCUGCCGCCCAGCAGCGCCCGCGGCGCCGCUGCGGCGGCAGCGGGCGAGCGCGGGAAGUGGACCCCACGCCAGCCGCCCACCUGGUUCCUGGCCGCCGGCAACGCGCGGCUGUGGUGGACCAUGGGCGUGAUACAGAAGCUGUGGGGGUGGCCCGUCAACUCCCUGAUCCAGAAAGCCUUCAAGAUGGACAAGAAGCUCGAGUGA